GCCGGCGCGGGCAUUUGUCGAGCGGCAAGUCUCUGCGCGGAUGCGGGCCGGCGUGAGCGGGCGGGCCUGGCUGGCGUGGAUGAGCGGGCGCGAGCAAGGGCAGGCGGGCGAGCGGGUGCUGGGGCGCCAGCGGGGGGGCGCGAGCCGGCGCGGGCGAGCGCCGGCGCGGACGGGGGACGCGAGCUGGCGCGGGCGAGCGGGCGCGAACAGGCGAAUGUGAGCCAGCGCGGAUGCGAGCCGGCGCGGAUCCUUUCCCCAUGCCCCCUCCAUACCCCCCCAAAUUCUGUAAAACUUCCUGAGGUAUCUGUGAGUAACAAACUAGAGGGCUUUCGUGCCAAGCAAGAGGAAAUAAGUUCAGGGAAGUCUGUUACUGCAGGUCUCAGAAAGGUGACAGACGACAUGAAGAGCAAGAAUAGAAGCGACACAGCUGGUGUCGUUAGUGCGUCUGAAAAAGAAACCGUGUCUGGCCGUUCUUCCAUCUCAAAAAGAAGCACACCAAAAUUCGAGCUUCAAAUGGGUCGCAAAUGGGCAGUUGAGAAUCAGGUUGGAGAAAAGAACUUGGUUAUUGAUGAUUGUGAUGCAAAACAAUCUGUUUAUGUUUAUGGAUGCAAAAAUAGUGUAUUGCAAGUCAAGGGAAAGGUGAACAACAUAACCAUAGAUAAAUGCACUAAAAUGGGGAUCCUCUUUAAGGAUAUAGUUGCAGCUUGUGAAAUUGUGAACUGCAACAGUGUUGAGGUGCAAUGUGAGGGCUCAGCGCCGACAAUAUUAAUAGACAAUACAUCAGGUUGCCAACUUUAUCUGGGCAAAGAUUCAUUGGAGACUUCUAUAACAAUUGCUAAAUCAAGUGAGGUUAAUGUUCUGGUUUCUGGUGCAGGCCCUGAUGGUGACUGGGCUGAGCAUCCGCUGCCGCAACAGUUUGUUCAUACUUUCAGAGAUGGACAAUUCACAACUUCACCGGUUUCCCAUUCCGGCGGAUUGUAAAUUGGAGAAAUCAUUUGAAAUUUCCUGAGGAGGCAAAACUUUCGCCUGAAGCUAAAGAUCUCAUUAGCAGGCUUCUAUGCAACGUUGAGCAACGGCUUGGAACAAAGGAAGCCCAUGAAAUAAAGGCCCAUCCCUGGUUUAAUGGCACGCAAUGGGAUAAACUGUAUCAGAUGGAAGCUGCAUUCAAACCUGAGGUUACUGGUGAAUUGGACACUCAGAACUUUGAGAAGUUUGAAGAGACUGCGGCUCCAAUGCAAACUUCAUCAAAGUCUGGCCCAUGGAGGAAGAUGCUUUCCGCCAAAGACACUGAUCCGAGGGCUUAGAGGGUUACAGUGUCUGCGGAUACUGUUGGUCCUUUGCAGCUUAUGUUAUCAGAUUCAUAAAGAUAUUGAUUGCCCUUUAUUAAGAAAAGAAUGAAAAUUUAGUUUUCUAAUGGUAGGUUACCAAUAGAAAAACUCAGUGAACUGAAAGAUCACCUGAAGGAAUUAGAAGCUGAUCUUGGAGAAUUUCUAGCAGGUAAGUUUGUAUUUAAGUAUUAGUUGUUGCAUUGGUAUUUUUGUUUCUAGGUUUUUAAAAAUAAGCUGAAAUAUUUACCAUAGUAGAAACUAUAUAUACACGGGUGGAGAUUGUAUAUGCUUCAUGUAUUAACUUAUGCUUAUCGGAAAGAAUUUAGGAUUUGCAAAAUAGCAUUUAACGGAUGUAAAAAUUGGAAUUUUUUCCCCGCUUUUUUAUGUGGGGCAGGUUGCUAGCUUUGUGGCGACUGUUGCUUUUCUUUCUUGCCCACUUAUUUGAGCUUCUUGAUUAUCUA